AUGCAGUGGAGUCUGAUUCUGCUCUUCCUGAUGGCUCAGUGUUGUUUCAUGGACUGUCAGCUCUAUGAGUUUCACUACAUUAAUGAGAAUAAGACCUGGACUGAAGCUCAGCAGUACUGCAGAGAGAAACACACUGACCUGGUCACAGUGACUAACAUGAAGGACAUGAAGAGACUCAUCAACAUCUCAGCUGAAGAUCAGAGUGAAGCUUGGAUUGGUCUGAUCAAUAAACCAGAAUUUAACAGAACAUGGUUCUGGUCUCUGCCUGGAGUGGAGUUUGAUGAAAAAACUAAUACAACCCAUAAAUAUCACUUUAUUGAAGAGAGGAAGUCCUGGCAGAAAGCUCAGAGUUACUGUAGAGAGAAACACACAGACCUGAUCAGUGGAACGAAGCAGGUACUGGAUGGAGAAGUGGAGAAAUUGAUGGAUCAACCAUACAUUGGUCUGUUCAGAGACACCUGGAGGUGGUCAGAUGGAAGCAGUUUCUCUUUCAGACACUGGAAUCUACAGUGUAAUGAUGAGCAAUACAUCAGUGAUCAAUGUGCCAUGACUAAGUUUGAUGGUGAAGGCAGAUGGACGAAUAUGAGUUGUGAUAAUGAAAAACCCUUCAUCUGUUAUGAUGAUAAUGUGAUCCUGAUUAAAGAAAAUAAAACCUGGGAGGACGCCUUGUACUACUGCAGAGAUCACCACCAUGACCUGGUCACCAUCACCAACAUGGAUGAUCAGAGAUGGAUCCAGGAGAAAGUCAAGGAGGCAUCGACUGAUUACGUUUGGAUGGGACUGAGCUACGCCUGCACUCUGGAUUUGUGGUUCUGGGUCAGUGAUGAGGUGGUCAGAUAUAAGACCUGGGCCUCAAAUCCACCGAUGGACGACUGUGACAUGUCUGGAGCCAUGGAGACGGGAGGAGAACAUCAGUGGUUCAAAAGAAAUGAUGCUGAAAAGUUUAAUUUCAUCUGUUCUAAGAAAUAA